UCCUCAGGAUCCAGCCGUCCAUCCGUAUUUUUCUCCUAAUUUCCACCUCCGCUGCACCACAAGACAUCCCAGCUGUACUUUCCUCUGAGAGGUGCAGGCUCUUUCGCCCGGGUCUCAGAGAAAAGAAAAGACAUCAUCAGCAGCCACAGCCAUGAAUGGCACAGAAGGACCCAACUUUUAUGUCCCCAUGUCUAAUAGGACAGGGUUGGUGCGCAGCCCAUUUGAGCACCCUCAGUACUACCUCGCCGAGCCGUGGAAGUACUCUCUUCUGGCAGCAUACAUGCUGUUCCUCAUCAUCACGGCCUUCCCCAUUAACUUCCUCACCCUUCAUGUCACCGUCAAGCACAAAAAGCUGCGAACCCCGCUGAACUAUGUUCUGCUCAACCUGGCGGUGGCCGACCUUUUGAUGAUAGUUGGAGGAUUCACGGUGACCCUGUACACGGCUCUGCACGGAUACUUCAGCCUGGGCGUCACCGGCUGCAACGUUGAGGGAUUCUUUGCCACUUUAGGAGGGGAGAUUGCCCUCUGGUCUCUGGUCGUUUUGGCCGUUGAGCGCUACAUUGUGAUCUGUAAGCCCAUGACCAACUUCCGCUUCGAGGAAAAACACGCCAUGGCUGGCUUGGCGUUCUCCUGGGUCAUGGCCCUGACCUGUGCUGCUCCGCCUCUGUGUGGAUGGUCCCGGUUCAUCCCAGAGGGCAUGCAGUGUUCCUGUGGGAUUGACUACUACACUCCCAAGCCAGAGAUCAACAACACCUCAUUUGUCAUCUAUAUGUUCGUCCUCCACUUCUGCAUCCCCCUCUUCAUCAUUUUCUUUUGCUACAGUCGCCUGCUCUGCACAGUGCGAGCGGCUGCAGCUCAGCAGCAGGAGUCUGAAACUACCCAAAGAGCAGAGAAGGAAGUGACACGUAUGGUCAUUGUGAUGGUGAUCUCCUUCCUGGUGUGCUGGGUGCCCUACGCCACUGUGGCCUGGUACAUCUUUGCCAAUCAGGGAGUUGAGUUCGGACCAGUGUUCAUGACGGCACCAGCCUUCUUCGCCAAGAGCGCUGCUCUCUACAAUCCAGUCAUCUACAUUCUGCUGAACAGACAGUUCAGAAACUGCAUGAUCACCACAGUGUGCUGUGGAAAGAACCCAUUCGGAGAUGAUGAGGCCGCCGCCGCAGUCUCCAAAACCCAGACUUCAUCUGUCUCCUCCAGCCAGGUGGCCCCCGCUUGACCCCUCACUCCCUCUUCUAUCUGCUCCAUCUGUUCCCGCUCACCAAGGGACCCACCACCGCAGAGCAGCAAUACAUUCCAUUGGCCGAUUCCUCCGGACUCACCUCCUCUGUUGUCCUCGAUGCAGUUGGCGCGCAUGCCACAACUUCGACAGACUCAAUCAAAGGCCAGCAUGUUCACUUUCAGCCCGUUUAAUUAUGGAAAGUGUUCAGAUUUUUAACCCAGCAUAAUAGGGUUGCCAUCUUGAUGCGGAUCCAGCUGAAUUCCUUCCAGGCCUCCCCUGCUGCUUCAGUAAACAGGUUAUAGGUGAAAGUCUGAUUCAGAGUCAUGCUCCCACUAAUAUUUGAAUUAACGUUUCUUAGCAUUUUGCAGAGAAGAAGCACACAUUUUGUAGCCAUGAACAAGUAACUGACAUAAUUCCAGCCGGUUAUUUCGCUUUUCCUACCAGAAAGUUUAAAGCUUACAUAAUUGGUUGGAUUGCUGUGUACAUUUUUUAACCAUAGUUCAUCAUUUUUUAUUCGUGUUGAGGUUCCAGCUUAAUGCUAGCCUGCUUUAUCCAUCCCACAUCCAGUUUUGAUGAGUGUUUGGGUUCCUGGUGUCUUCAAGUUUCAACCAUGCAGCUGUGGAUUUAUGCUAUGGUUAAGGAAUGUUACUUUUAGUUCAUCAUCACUGGCAGCAUAAUUGACACUCACAGUUUAACGAUCAAAAAGGACACAGAUACCAAACAUAUGAAACCUAUUGUGGAUACUGCAGGGUAACAAUCUCACUGACCGUAAGUCUGUUGAAAAUAUAUGGACUCUGCAAAAAAGCCAGAUCAGUGCAAAGGAAUCAAAAAAAUAUAUAUACUGUUUCUGGGUCUCAUGCCAGAACUUUAGGAAUGGUCACAAAAAAAACAUGGUUUGCAACUUUCUACAGGGCAUUUCUCGAAAUAUCAGUGGGAUGUGUAUAAAUAUCUGAACCUCUCUGUAUUUACUUGCCCCUGUUUGGAUUAGAUAAAGAUUAAUAAUAACCCUGUCCACCCAACUCUUAUCUUAAAAAAUUAUUGUAUCAAUGUCAACCUAAAAAAAAAGAAACCUUCAAUUUAAUGCAUAAUGAAAAUUACCAAAUGAACAUUGCAUUUAUGUCCAUGAUAUGUGCAUGUAAGCUUCUGUUUAUGUCCUCAAAUCAGACACUGACUAACCAGUUAUGAAAUCCUUAGAUUUAUUUAAGAAUUAAUCUGUUUAAUGUUAUUAGAGCAUCAGAUUAUUCUCUCUUCUGGUCUUCCUGAUGAUAAACCUGGGAGGGUUUGCUUGUACUUUGUCUCAGCCAUGGGUGUGAAGCAAAACUGAAUGAUAUAGUGUGGGUGUGUGUGUGCGUGUGUGUUUGGCAGAUGUUUAUGUAUCUGAAUGGAUGCCAGAAUGUGUAAUAUAGAGACGUACUGUUUGUUGUGUAGAGGCUAGGAUUUGUGUGUUGCAAUAAAAACAAAGCUGAACGUCUGCACAACCUUAUCCUGCACUUUUUUUUUUCA